AGUGGUGUUAGUGUGCGUCUGCUUCAACUCCCAGCCUGACAGAAUCUUUUUUUUUUUUUUGUGUGUGUAACCACGCCUACACAGUGGCUGUCAAGGCUUACCCAUGAGUUAAACCUUCUUUAGUUGGUAAUGAGGAAGGCGUGGGCUCUGGCAGUGGACACCCGAAGGCAGCAGUGGGUGAAAACAAGCAAAAUAAAGAAAAGUUUGGCUGUGAGAAGGUGCUAGACAGCCAGCCAUAGUGACGAGGAGGCAGGAAGGUAGAUCACCAUCACCAUCACCACCACAGGGAAGAUAAGGCAUGAGACACUUACGUGAGUGAGCUGCCGUCUUGGUAACCAUGGACCAGCAGGGAAGCGCCGUCUUAGCAAGAGGCAGUCUCCAUCAUAGUAAGCUUUCUGACCAAUUUUAGAUCAUUGGUAAAAAUAUCUCAGAAUUUUUAAAAUGGAGGAGGAAGGAAGAUUCUCAUUUAAAGCAAAAACAGAAAAAAAAAAUCUCUCCACCCUUUCCUCUCCUCUCUUCCUUCACUAUGGUACCUCCUCCUCCCUUUUCCCCUCCCAUAUCUCAUAAUUCACCUCCCACUCCAUUAUCCCCUCUUCCCCUCCCUAUCUUCAGUGUUAAGCUCAAAAUCAAGAUGGCGCCGUAAAAAGUGUGGAAGUCCAACAACAUACAAAACAUUGAGAGGAGAAGAGGAGGAGAAUUUUCUGCUUCUCUCUCGUAUUUGAUGAAAGGAAUUUGUGAAGAUUUAAUUGUUUGGGUCAAGGAAGGUUAGAAUUUGUGACAAAAGGAAGAAAUUGAGCAAGAACGAGUCAAGCGGAAGUGAAAAUGGUGACUGAUGAUGAAUUGUCCAGGCUGGCGGAGGAGGCCCUGCUGCGGGAGGCUCAGCGCGGGGCUCAGAGGGCGCGGGAGUGCGGGCCGUCUGGGUGGAUGAAAAGCCGCCUGCCCUCCACCAACAAGACGUUCCUGCAUAACACUCUGCUUGGGGCAAUGGCAUCAAACCGCGCCAAGGAGAAGCAGGAACAGACUCGGUGUGAGCGAGGGCGGAAGAAAAGAGAGCAGGAGGAGAGAGACAGGAACACAUACAAACGGGUGUACCUCCACGCAAGUACCAGGACCCACAAGAAGCCCACAGACCAAACAGAGACCAAUGCAAAGACCAAGAAGACCAGCAAGGAGGCAGAGAAGAAUAUAUUUACCUGGACUGACUCAGGCUUGGAACUGGGAACUAAGAGGGGGUCAAGUGAUGAUAGGAUGGAUGAUAAAGGAAGAGGGAAGAAGACACAGAAGACUGGGAAGACUCAAGUUGCUGUGUUGUCGAGAAGGAUUAAUUUUAUGCCAAGUACCACGAAGGAGGGACCAGAUGAUAAGAGAUAGUAGUAGUAAGGUGAUGUGUUGUGGUGGUAGUAGUAGUAGUGGUAGUAGUGUAUGUAUAUUUGUGCUUAUUUAUGGAAGGAAGGACAGGAUAAAAGAUUAAUAGCAGUAGUAGUAGUAGCAGUAGACUUUAUUUAUUGAUAGAAAAGUAGUAUAAGUAGUAGUAGUAGUGGUAGUAUUUAUUUGUCUUACCUGAUAUUGAUAAGAUACCGAUGGUUUGAGAGAGAGAGAGAGAGAGAGAGAGAGAGAGAGAGAGAGAGAGAGAGAGAGAGAGAGAGAGAGAGAGAGAGAGAGAGAGAGAGAAAUAUGUAAGUGGAGGUAACUAAAAUGUUGUAACAAACUCAUGACUUGCUGUUUUAUAGAAGUAUUGGUGUUCUCAGUUGAGCAUCCUCCUCUAUUUGCUCCAUCCCCUCUCUGUUGUUCAGUAUUAUCAUCAGUAUUGCUGUGUUUCAAAUGAACUUUAUUCAGGAUUAUAAAAAUGCAGGUUAUAUUUGGGAUACUAACCUUUGUCAGUUACCAAUGAUCUGUCACUUACUUGCAUAUACCGAGUAAUUUUUCUUGUGGUGUUUUGUGUACUGCAAUGUGUUGAAUUAUGUGUUGUGUACAGUGUUUAAUUUAUGAAGAAAUGUGUCUGUGGUGAAAAUCUGGGAAGUUAUCUGAGGGAAGAAAAAUAAAUAAAAGAUAUGUUCAAUUGCAAA